AAACAACAUUGCGCCAACGUCCAAAACGCCUCGUUCGAGCAAGGACUACUACUACAUGCGCCGCGUUGUCGUAUGGCGCGCUACACAUGCAAGAGUUGAUCGUAGUAUCCGGGAAGCUCGUUGACACCCCCCGCUCCACCAGUGCACUCAGCUUGAGGCUCCAGCUCAGUGCAUGGCAAUCUUCCAGCUGCCAUAAAACACCUCGUACCCAGAACCCUGGGACAUCAUCGCCACUUGAUCUGCACUUGCCCGUUACAGAUUGACCCACCGCUUCCCAAUUCGCGCAAAAUGCCUCGCCCAAAGAAGCCCGGUGUCGAACCGAAGAAGAGAUCGCGCAACGGCUGCUGGCCCUGUAAAGCGCGCAAAGUCAAAUGUGGAGAGGAAAAGCCGAACUGUUUGAACUGUGAACGUCAAGGCGAGCCAUGCGAUUACAACAUCAGACUCAACUGGGGUGGACGCAUGAAGCGUGAGCCAGCAAACACGGGUUCAGGAGCAUCGAGCACGGGAUCUGGCAAUCCUUACACGUCGACUUUCUCAUUUGGGGAUGAUGCAUCGUCCUGGUAUCCGCCAACCCCAGAGGCAUCAGUGCUGCCAAAUACCGCAAAUCGGCAUGCUCGUUCAUUGUCAAGGAAUUCUCCUCCUCGAUCAAGGCCCACUGCCGUCGAUCCUGAGUUAGUCAGACUAAGUCAGUCGGGAUCACAUCAAUUUGGAAGUAGUCCCGGUCAUCAGCAAGGUCACUUCACCCAGAAUGUAACUGGACUGCCCGCAUCGGCACCUUUCCACCAGACACAAUUCCAGACACAAAUCGAGUUCCCAUCAUCGGCCGGCCCUGCCUUUGAGAGCUUCGCAUACAGCAAUGUCGGGUUCACUUCUGUUAGUGUGGAAGCACCUCUUUCUCCACCAUCGAUGCCUCCGCCGAGUGGGUCAGCAGACUCGAUGUACAAGCGCCACAAAUCGAAUCAUUCGGCAGACUCACCUGCGACGACCCUCUCUGAUGCAUACUCUCCAAACACAGGUCCGCCUACACCCUACAAUCCCGUUGCUACGAUGCCGUUGACCCCGAACUCUUCAGUAGGCUCGGAAGAUCCAAGCGUGCGUUCUUCAGCGAAUCAUCAAAGUCCAACACAUCCUCCUCCAGACAUAUUCCGAUUAUCAGUGCAGUCUCUGGUCAACAACACACAUGACAGCAGAUUGCAAGAGUACGACUCCGAAGGCGAACCUAGACAAAGAUAUCCAGUCAUGGACUCUGUCUCCACGACAUACGGAUACGACAUGGGCCUACCAGACUUCGACACACCCAGAAAUAAAGAUCACUCUGCGAUAGCUAUCUUCAGCCCGGAGAUCGGCACUGUGGAACUCAACGACGAUUUUCCUUUUGCAGAUGCAGAACCUCGCACGAGAGACAUGGCUUUCGGUAAAGGUGGCUACUAUGUCAAACCAGUCCAGAUACGAAUACCAAAGUCACUGGAGCCACUACCUCCAAUACUCAUGGAGAACAAGAUGAACCUUCUCUACUUCCACCACUUCAUCAACCACACAGCACGCAUCCUCGUGCCCCACGAUUGCGAAAAGAACCCCUUUCGCCAGAUUCUACCAGAGAUGGCUGUACGCGACGAAAACAUCAUGAACCUCUUGCUAGCCUAUAGCGCUUCACAUCGUGCCCGCAUGCUCAACCAGCCGGAGCCUUCCAACCGGAUCGCUGUCUGGGUCCAAGACGUCUUCCCUAAACUGCGCCAAUCGCUCACAGAAAACCCCAACCACAUCUCAAACAACACCCUAGCCGCCGUAAUCAUGAUGGCAAGCCUCGAAAUCAUCGCCUCCAACACCUUCGAGGUCCCCAUCUCCUGGCAAAGCCACCUCCAAAUGGCACGCCAAUUGGUCAUGGCGCGCGGCGGUCCGCAAGGCGUAAACCGACAAGACCGCGUCGCCUACUUCCUGUCGCGCUGGUUCGCAUACCUCGAUGUCCUGGGCUCGCUCAGCGGCAACAAAACAGACACGCCGCUGGGCUCGUUCUACUGGUCUUCUGAAAACGCGUCCGCAGACGAGGCAUUCGAGAUCGAUUGCCUGAUGGGCUUUACAAAUCGCUGCGUCGGCAGUCUGGCCAGGAUCUCGGAACUCGCAAAACUGUGCGAACCGCUGCGCAUCGAUGAGGAUGGCAAUAUUAAAGAGGACUGGCACCCGAGCCCGGAGAUUUAUGCACAGGCAAUGCAUAUUCGGCAUGAGCUUGAAGAAGGCCUGUCGGAUCAGUAUAUCCACAAUGGAUGUAAUCACCGCAGCGAUUCUACUGCUGAGUCAGACGGCGCGUGGGAUGCGACCGAGAUCUAUGCUACGAACGAGAUGUUCCACUGGGGUGGGCUUGUGCAUCUUUACCGCCGUGUGCUGGGCAAGCCGGCUACGGACCCGGAAGUGCAGAAUGCGAUCUGCAAGAUUGUGGAGUUGUUGUAUAAGGUGGGAAGAGGGAGUUCGGCGGAGGCGUGUUUGCUGUUUCCAAUGUUUGUGGCUGGGUGUGAUGCCCAGGAUGAAGGGCAGAGGGAGAAGAUUAUGGAUCGGUUGAGGGGCGUGGAGGGGUUUGGGAUGACGCAAAUUGACAGAGCGAGAUGCCUCAUGCAACAGGUCUGGGAGACUGGAAAGCCAUGGGAGUCACUUGUCAGUGGCGAGUUCUUUGGCUAAUCGUCACGACUCUUCGUGACUAGAGCAAAAAGUGCAGCUUGAUGUUAUGCGCUUUGUGUGAUGUUUCAAGAUGAUCGACGAUUUUCUUCAUAUGCAUCACUUCCGUAAAGGUCGAAUACCCC